AUGUAAGUCUAUGAUAUUAGUCAUGCUGUUAAUGAUACAGUUGUUAGUGCUAAGAGUGUUUAUCACCAAAAGGCAAUAGAUCUGUCAUUUCGCAAUAUAAACUACAAUAUACAAUCUAAUAAAGGAGGUAAAUCAUUAAUAUAUCUUCAGAAAGGAGAGAAAUUUUAAAAGAUUUGGAUGGUUUUAUACCUGGAGGAGAAGUCACAGCAAUUUUGGGAUCCUCUGGAGCAGGCAAAACUUCAUUGCUAAAUAUUUUAGCCUGUAGAAUUGCAUAAACUCAUCAUGUAAGAUUGACAGGCAAAGUAAUGGCAAAUUUGAAUGAAUAUUCCCCUGAAACUUUUUCCAGUUUUGCUGCUUAUGUAAUGCAAAAUGAUGUUUUGUUUGAAACAUUAACUCCAAGAGAAGCUUUUUAAUUUGUAGCUAAUCUUAAAUUUGUUUCUGAAGAUGAGAAAAAUCAUCAUGUGGAUGAAGUGAUAAAAACAAUGAAAUUAGAAAGAUGUUAAAAUACAAUGAUAGGAGGUUUAACAUUAAAAGGAAUAUCAGGAGGAGAAAGAAAGAGAACAUCAAUUGGAUUUGAAUUAGUAACUAACCCAUCAUGUAUAUUAUUAGAUGAACCAACAUCAGGAUUAGAUUCAUUUACAGCAUUUUAAAUUAUGUAAUAUUUUAUUUUAUAAUUUUAGAAACGAAUUAAGAAAUUUAGCUCAUAGAUUAUAAAAAACAAUUGCCUUUACAAUUCAUCAACCUUCAUCUGAUAUUUUUAUGCUUUUCGAUAGAGUUAUGUUACUUGUUUAAGGAAGAUUCAUAUAUUAAGGUAGUAGAAGUUAGUUAAUUGAUUAUUUUAAAAUGAUUGGGUUUGAAUGUCCAUAAAGGACAAAUCCUAUGGACUAUAUGAUGAGCAUAAUGCAUACUGAAAAGGAAUAAAAUAUCAAGAAUUUUGAAAUUCUAUUUGAUUCAUAUGAAAAGUUCUAGAAGCCAGAAGUUUUAGAAUGCAUUUAAAAAUCUUCAAGAGUUGAUUUGACUUAUAAAAAAGUAGAAACGUCUACAAAUUAUCAAAUAAUGUUAAUUACUAAAAGAGCCAUAAAAGGUCUAUUGAGAGAGAAAGCAACCUUAAGAUAAAGAUUUGGAAGUACUAUAUUUAUGGGAUUAUUGGUUGGUGGAGCUUUUUAUGGAUUAGGCGAUAAUAAUGGAAGUUAUUCAGAUUAUUCUGGAGUAGCAGGAUGUUUAUUUUUAUUAACUAUGAAUUUAACAAUGACCUUUCUUUUUUCAGUUGUGUUACAAUUUGCAACAGAAAGAGAUGUAUUUUUAAGAGAAGAGAAUUCAAAACUAUAUACAACAUUUUCAUAUUUCAUAGGAAAAUCAUUUGUUGAAAUACCUUUUUGUCUUAUAACACCAGUUAUUUAAGAAUUAAUUCUUUAUUGGAUGAUUGGUCUUAAUACUCAUAGUGUUGGUGUUGUAUUUAUACAUUUAUUGGUGGCUAUUUUAACAUCAUUAAAUGGAAAUAGUAUAGGAUUAAUAACAGGAUGUGUUUUUAGUGAUAUUAAAGCUGCUACCAGUAUGGUAUCUAUUCUAUUAUUACCAUUUAUAAUUUUUUCUGGGUAUCUUGCUAAUUCAAAAUAUUUUUAUGUUUGGAUUAGUUGGAUAUAGUAUAUAAGUCCUAUGAAAUAUUCUUUUGAAGCUUUUGCAACAAACGAAUUUGAAACAAGAUAAUAUGUAUUUGGAGAUCCUAUUGAAACUUUAGGAUUUGAUAUUGGUCUAUGGGAAUCCAUUGGAAUAUUGAUUGCACUUGCAAUUUUUAUAAGGAUUAUGGCAUUUAUAUUUCUUUAUAAAUUAAGAUCAAGAUUAUAAUGA